UCUAAAAAACUCGUUAAGAAAAAAAACACCUUUCACUCGAUCAUCCUCUCUCGCUUCUGACCUAAAGCCAAUCAAAAAACCGAUUCUCUCAAAAAAAAAAAAAGAAAUGGUUACCGCGCGUGAGGAGUUCGUGUACAUGGCCAAGCUCGCGGAGCAAGCCGAGCGGUACGAGGAGAUGGUGGAGUUCAUGGAGAAAGUCUCCGCCUCCGUCGACGGCGACGAGCUCACCGUGGAGGAGCGAAACCUCCUCUCCGUGGCCUACAAGAACGUGAUCGGCGCCCGGCGCGCGUCGUGGCGCAUCAUCUCCUCGAUCGAGCAGAAGGAGGAGAGCCGCGGCAACGGAGACCACGUGGCGGCGAUCCGCGAUUACAGGGGGAAGAUCGAAGGGGAGCUCGCCGGGAUCUGCGAGGGGAUACUCAAGCUGCUGGAUUCGAGGUUGGUCCCCGCCGCGGGGUCUGGGGAUUCGAAGGUGUUUUAUCUGAAGAUGAAGGGGGAUUACCAUAGGUACUUGGCUGAGUUUAAGACUGGGCAGGAGAGGAAAGAUGCGGCUGAGAAUACGCUCUCUGCUUACAAAUCUGCUCAGGAUAUUGCGAAUGCAGAGCUAGCUCCAACUCACCCGAUCCGUCUAGGUCUGGCACUGAACUUCUCUGUGUUCUACUACGAGAUCUUAAACUCUCCUGAUCGUGCCUGCAGCCUCGCUAAACAGGCCUUUGAUGAUGCGAUUGCGGAGUUGGACACACUAGGGGAAGAGUCAUACAAAGACAGCACCUUGAUCAUGCAGCUUCUCCGUGACAACCUCACUCUCUGGACAUCCGACAUGCAGGAUGAUACUGCGGAUGAGGAGAUCAAGGAAGAGUCAGCUCCAAAGCCAGCUGAUGAAUAGCAGUAAUAAAAAUCCUUUUGACUGAACUGCUAGUUUCUAGGGGUUUGGAUCUUUUAUUCAAUUCAUCGUAUCCCCUAGCAAAGUUGAACCAUCAUCAGUCAUCAUCUUUUUUUAUCACUUUGUCUGAUUUUCUCUCUUUUUUUUUGUUGUUCUGUCUUUUUUUUUGUUGUUGUUGUCUGGGAUAUGUCUAUUUUAAUGUCUGCUAUCAACCUUGCUUUGUGUGUUUCUAAUCAAAUUUGAAAGGCUCUGUCCUUAUCUUGUUCUCAAAAUUUUAAAAUGGGACUUGUUUA